UAUAUAAUAUUUUUGAUGGGGAUUAGAAAAUUAAAAAGAAUUCUUUCUUUGAUGUGUAGUAAAGAUGGCAGAUUUGAAAGUCAAAAGACAUUGGAAGAGACAUUGAAGAAUGAUGCUUUGUUUCUUGAAUAUUUUAACGCAUACUUGUGUCUGCCAGUUUUCCCAAAAAGACUUCUCUUAAAAAAUGAAGUUUUUGAAGAGGCCAAAUGCAAAUAUGUAGGUGUAGAAAAGAAUGGUACAAGUAAUUAUGUUAAAUAUUCCAUUAAGUUCUUGGAAAAAGAACCUGGUUUUAAGUGGAUUAUGGUUCAUCGCUUGACACUUUUUUUGCAAAGUACUCUCUUUGCUGAAUACAGUCUAGCAAAAUUGCUUUUUUCUAAUCAUAAAAAAAUUAUUAAAAAAUAUGAUGGUUUCCAUCCGUUACCAAAAGAAUGGCAAGAAUAUAAUAAAAUAUUUUCAGAGCAACCAGUUGUUAGUGGCAACCAAAAUUUCAAUAACAUUAUGAAUCACUGUGAUGCUUCAAAAAAAUAUUUAAAAUUGCUAAACAAACAAUUCUUUGACUCUUUUAAAGAUUUUCUCUAUGAAACUGCUGGUGAAAGCUUGAUGUUGCUGUGGAUUGAUAUUGAAACUUUAAAACAUCUUCCUUGCUUGCAGAGGGAAAGGUGUUUGCAUUCAAUUAAGGAACUUUUCUUUUCUUCUGGUUCUACUUUUAAGAUACCAUAUGAAACAUUAAAAUCAUGGGGAAUUGAAGGUCAUUUUUCAUAUGAAAAUCUAAUUUUGGUUCAGAAACUGAUUUUUAAUCCCAUUCUUACUUAUUGGCUUCCACGAUUUAUGUUCCAUUAUUUGCUAGGAAAAGGUUCCAGUUUUGGAGUAGAAUGUUCAAAUAUUCAGUAUUUCAAUUGCUUUCAAAAUGGUUAUGAUUUCAAACAUAGUAAUAUGUUUUAUUAUCCAAAUAAUGUAGAAAACACAAACUGUCAAUUUUUAACUGAACUUUUACCUUUAAAAGUGAAUGGAUCUAUGUUUAAAAGUGCAUUGUUUGAAAACAAAGGAAAUUUGUUCUUUGUUGAAAAAAAACUGUCUUAUUUUAAUUCUUUAAUUGAGAUGUUGCAGUGCGAAAAGGUUACUGGGUACUAUUUCCUAAAUUAUUUGGAAAAGGUCAAUAAUUCUUUUUGGCAGAACUGCUAUUUAUUUUGGAAAUCAGUUCAGCAGUACCAUGACUUAUUUUUUUCUUCUUCAUUCUCACCUGAUUCUGUGAAAAAGAAAGUUAAUUAUAUCUACUCGAUUUUUAUCUGUCCAAUGAGUAAACAUGAUUUGAAAUUACCUGAGGAAGUCAACAAAAUAAUUUAUGAUAAACUAGACCCUCCUUAUGAAGAUCUGUUUGAUAAUGUUGAACAAGAAGUUUUGUUGGUAUUAUUAUUACCUUUUGUUCAACUCAUCGAAAAUGAAAAUCUUGAGUAUGAAAUGUUAGUUAUUCAUGAACGCUUUGAUUAUAUUCAUGAUGAAAAUACUUCUGAUUUAAAUAGUAAAGUUCAAAGUAAAAUUGAAAAGGAAUGCUUCAAGAGUUUAUUAGAAAUAGGUAUGCAAACAAAUCAUGAUAAACAAGAGAAUGAUGAUUUUAUCCAGUUACUUAAAAAUGAGGACAGUAGAAGAAGUUUUCAAAUUUUCUUGGAAACCAAUCAUAAAAUAGGUUUUAUGGAUCUAAUGGCCUAUAUUGACAUGCAAGAUUAUGUAAAUAUUUCAGAUCUAUCUUAUAAAGACACUCAAGCAUUGUACAUUUCUCAAAAAUGGUUUAAUGAAAAUUAUUUCUUAGGAUCUAAUUCACCUGCACCUCUAGAAAUUGUGAAAAAUCUUUUAUUGUUUGACGAGAAAGUUAGUGAUUCUAUUUAUCAAGUACCUAAUGAAUUAGCAAUUAUAGAACUGCAAAAAUAUGUCUACAGGCGUUUGGAGCAUUUCUAUUUGAAUAUGAAAUCAAACAAAUAUUUGCAGAAUGCUAAAGAUGAUUUACCUAAAAAAAUUAUAGUUUCAAAAAAAAAAAAUCAAAUUAGAUAUCUGAACCAGCAAUCAGACAUCAGAUUUAAUGAAAAUAGUUGUGAAGUCAAGGCUUUCCGUAAUGCACUCAAUGAACCAAACAUGUGUGCUUUAUUUAAGAAAUUUAUCAACAUUCAUUACUCUGAAUUAGAAAAAAAUUUAGAUUUUUGGUUAGAAGUGCAAAAAUACAAGUAUCUUUGCCACAGACAUGUAGAUGAUCAUAUUAUUGAAAAUAAGUUUCGAGCAAUAGUUGAUGUUUUUAUCCAAUCUUCAGUUCCACCUACAUUACAAAUAGAUAUCACUCAUGAAAUAGCAAACGAACUGUUAUCAAGAAAAAGUUUAAAAAAAGCUCAGCCGUAUGUGUUUAGAGAAGCCCAGGCUGAAGUGUUUCGCAUUUUAUUUUCUGCAUGGGCUGACUUUGAUCUCUAUCGAACUUCAGGUCAAUUUAAUUUGAAGUUUCAAAAUUUAGUUUUAACUCUGAAAACUGAUAACAAAGAAAGAGAAAAAUUGAAUAUGGAAAGUUGGAAUAAUGAAAACAAACCAAUAGAAACUAAAGCAUUUAUAUACAAGAAUGAAAUGAAACUGAAAAAACGUGAAUACUCAAAUAGUGAAUAUUCAUCAGAUGGAACUAGUGAAUCACAAACGGCAACGUUUAUUUAUUCGAAGCAUAUGGCUGAAGAAAGAUCUUUUAAAAAUCUAACGAAAGUGGAACCGAUAGAGGCGUUAAAAAUGAAAACAAUUAAAGUGUCAAAAAUAAAAGAUAUAACAAACCUCACAAAUUAUACGAACAAGGUUCCAAGUAACAAAGAUAAAUCAUGUAGCAAUGGAUCCGUCAAAUUACCAUUUAUACAGAAAUUGCGAACUACAAGAUCUUCAGUUCUUAGCAAAGGCAAUGAAAAUGUAAAACGGCUACCGGCUAAACGGUUACCUAAACCAAUGCUGCCUGAAGUAAUAGUAUCUUGAAUUAAAUUUUUAGUAAAAAAUGAUCUCAAUAAUAAAUUUGAAAUCUACAUAGUGUCGGUAAGAGUGUUAAACACUAGACUCCUGACAUAAACGGUAUUAUCAGUUAUCGAUUUCUUAGUUAGAAAUUUUUAGUUA